UUCUACUUUCGGUUUUGUUUCCUGGUUAGAACUGUCUGCUGUACGUUUACAAGGCGUAGCCAAGCAUGCGAUGGAAGACUAACCUCUCGUAUUGUGAAUGUGUACAUUAUGACUUGUUUGAGCAGGUACCAACGAAUUUAAAACUUUUUGAGCCGUGACCAUUGUGUGCUGGAAAGAAAUUAUCUCGUGAAAGUGAAAGUUCAGAAUUAGAUUACAAUGAAUGAAUGACUCAGUUACUUGCUUUGGCACUAGGGCCUUAGGUCUUGUUUUUGGACUGAGGAGAAUCUGAUGGGGGAAAUUGGGUGUAGUCACAAGGUUAGGUGGAGACACUAGGACAGCUGGUUUAGAAUGGAAGCUGACAAUACAUCGUAUCUACUGUAUGUGAAGGCAUUGAUUCGCCUUCUUUUAAUCCUGUUUAUUCUCGUGUCAUCCGUACAAAUCACCGUCUCAUGGGCAAGUGGGCUGUGUCUUCUUGCCUUGGGAGGCUCGUAUUACUUUUUCAAGUCAGAAGACAAUAGUUCAAGCAGAACCUCAGCACAGAAGAAAGUCAAGUCUGACGACUGGAGCUGGAAUUUCCUCCUCACCAAUCCAUUCAAGGGCAAAAUGGGCCCUGGAUUUUUGACGGAAAAGGAGGAAAUUGACAUUGCCAAGAAAGUGUCAAACUCAGUGCUUUACGACGCUGGAGCGGUGCAGUCGCUGCGUAACUUUGAUGUGAUCAAGAAAAAUACGGAAUGCGUGUUUGCGAAAAGAUCCCGUGCCUGGGGAUCUCCAUCUUAUGACUACAACUUAACCUUGGAGGAGAACAUCAAAGGGUUGAUCCCCACAUUCUACAAAUUCACGUUGGCCUUCCAGCCGUUGAGACUGGAUGCCUUCCUCAUUGAGCUGCCGGGCUCCCUCUACGGGACAGACAUACAGGCUUUGAGCAAGGCUGUACGCACUGUUCUACUCACGCUGAGAGAACACGAUUUGAAACUGAGACGAGCAGCGGUCAACGCGAGAGCAGACUUUGAUGAGCCGACGCGGAAGAGUCAACUGGAGCUUCUGGUCGAGCACCCGGAGCGCUGGGACAGACGCAACUGGGUGUUUGAGUUCAACCGCGUCACGUUCUUCAUCACGUCCUUUGCGCCGUUUUACCCGGAAGAGAACUCACGCUACUCGUUUGGCUGCGCAGACUGCUACAUGCUGUUCCAGCCGGAGAUGUCGUUCGCUCUGCACGAUCUCCCUCCUGACACCGCUGAGACCAACUGGGAAUGUCCGGUGAACGUAAGGGACCGGAUCCGUGUGGCUUUCAGGGAGGCUGGUAGGGAGUACGAGGCACCAAUGAAAGUCAAGGAGCCGAUGGUGUACGAAAUUGUCAAACGUGUUCAUCCUCAAGAUGAUGUGAUUAAGUGGUGGGAAGGUUCAUCAUGAUUUCGUUGAUUUAACUCUUUCCAUGCUCAGUAACUUGAUAGAUUGUUAUGAAAUGUACAUGUACUGGGGGUGUGCAAGUCUGAGCAAUUAGGAAAUAGUCAUUAAGCCUGCUCUACUCUGGCGUUGACCAGAUGACAAGGACAUGUGGUUUCUUGAGGGAGGCAUUGCGCUGCCAAGAGCCAAAUGCUCAGAGCUAAAGGAAUUUGAAAACGACAAACAACAACAGCAUGAAAUAGUCAAGUAAGUAGUUGAGUACUCAGAUCCCGAGUAGCCUUUGGCUUAAUGUGUGAUUUGCUGAUGCAUAAACUAGAUUUUAAUAGUUAAUUAAUAAUAAAGUAAAACGAAAUCAGAAAAGAAAUGUUAAUAAUGGUAAAAACAACUAGAAAUGUGAAAAUCACAUUAACUGUGAUGAUUUGAAAAGAGCUCCAAAAUAAAUUUGAAAACGAAAAAAAAAAAAA